AUGAACGCGGAGCUGCGCAACUGCGAGAUCCUCGGGGUCGGCGUCGUGCCAUGCCUCUUCUCAGGCUCGGGCCAUGUCUACGAGUUUGUGCGCACGCUGCGCAAGUGUAUUUAUGGUAAGGUCAAGCACGCCGUGGAGCUCACGCCGCACCCGAACGGCUCGGGCGUCUUUGUGCGCACGAACCUCGAAGUCGCGAUUAAGGUCAUGAGCAAGGCCAUCAUCGAGCAGGGCAACCUCCAGGAAAACCCCAUGGUCGAGCUUGCGACGCAGCAGUACCUCUCGACGCCGGGCCAUCCGAAUGUUCUGCCGCUGCUCGAGUGCCUCCACGACCCCGAAUUUAUCUAUGCGGUGCUGCCCUUCUGCAAAGGCGGUGAGCUCUUCUCGCUCGUCGAGAGCGGCGGCGCCAUGGACGAAGGCGAGUGCCGGCACUGGUUCGCCCAAGUGCUCAACGGCCUCUCGUACCUUCAACACCGGUUGAUAUGCCACCGCGACAUGUCGCUCGAAAACGUUCUUCUCGAUGGCAGCAUUUCCAAGAUUAUUGACUUUGGGCUGUGCAUUGGCAUCCCUGUUGACGCACAAGGCAUGACAUACUCGUUGCCACCCGCUGGCGCCGUGGGCAAGAUCUUUUACAUGCCGCCCGAGAUCUACCGGAACCAAGUGCCGUUCAAUGGGUUUGCGGCUGACAUUUGGUCAACGGGCGUCAUGCUCUUCAUCAUGGUGACGGGUGCACCGCCGUUUGAGCGGCCGGACGACGUGGACCCGCGCUUCCAGAUGAUCGCGACAGGCCGUCUUAGCGAAAUGCUCGACUCAUGGGGCAUGCACCACGUGAGUCGAACUGUCCGGGACCUCCUCAAUAAGAUGCUGGUCGUCCACGACCCGCGGCAACGGCUCACGGUCGACCAGAUUGCACAGCACCCGUGGGUUCUCGGCCAGCACUAA